GUGAUCGGAUUUCGCUACAGGUAGAGCCGCUGUCAAAUCCAGCUAUUUCUCCCUUUAGGUAAAUGCUGCUCAACUUUUCCUGAGCUUGUUACCGCUUGAAGGCGUAAAGACAUUAGAUGACAACGGACCGCCUGGUGCAAUGAUUCUCUGUGCAAGAGUCCGGCUCUGAAGCGCGCGCACAUUUCAGCACCCUGGACAGCGCACGACGCCGCAGUGGCGAUGCGAGGAUUCAACCGGUGGCUUUCAACCAGAGCAGCAGUGUGAGGAGACCGUUUGACUGAAUGUUGCAUAAAAAAAAACUCAUGUGGGAAACGCAUCUUGCUUUCUCGGUCACUUGGACUAGUGUUUUUUCGUUCUUUCCAAUAGAGAGCGUCUCCGUCGACUCCAUCGUGUGGGUAGGGUGUGCAUAGUUGACUCCAGAAGCCGUGCUGAGAAGCGUGGAAUAGGUGACUGUCAGGCGGGCGGAGUUGGGUGGUGGUGGUGCCUAUAAGAGACCUUCCAUUUAUAAGGAUGCUGGUGGGAAAUGCCUGGAGACAGAGAUGAAAAGAUUUGUCAAAAGGCACUUGAACUCCUGUCAGAUCUUUGUUCGAAGGGGGAAGUGCAGAACGAACACUGCCUGGAUUUCAUCUACUAUUUUCGAGACCUUGCCAGGCCACGUUAUACGGAUUCAGAUAUAUCGGUGAGUCUCUUGUCAUUGGUAGUGACUGCCUGUGGCUUGGCCCUGUUUGGGGUCUCCCUGUUUGUUUCCUGGAAGCUCUGCUGGAUACCAUGGAGGGAGCAGGGGCUCUCCCCCACCACCAAGGAGGCCCAUGGGCACCUCAACCCCACCAUGAGCCCUCUGCCCUCACAGCUUUCAGCCAGGCAGCCAGUAUACACAGCUGUGGACCCCCCGCCGCAGAACCGCCGUGAGUCGUCACACUGCUCCAUUGCCAGAGAGCCCACUACUGUGGCAUCUGUAGUGUCAGUGGAGGCUCCGAUGACUCCCGUAUCACCCCCACCUGUGGUCAUGGCCACACCUGAGGCAGCUAUGAAGAUCAGUCACACAUCUCCAGACAUCCCACUGGACGCACAGAGUAAAAGCCGGGUAAAUGGGGUUCACACCAACCCUCGUAUGCAGAGACAGACCACUGAACCCCCACCCUCUGGUGACUUGAUGUCGGAAGUUGGACAAGGGUCCAUUCGCAGGCAUAUCAACCUGUCCAACCCAGACUUCAAUGUGGCCCAGUUCCAAAGGCAGGACUCCCUCACUGGAAUGGGGCUUGGCCUUGGUCGCCUUAAACCUGAGCUCUACAAACAGCGCUCCCUUGAGGGAGAUGAAGGCAGUCGCAGAGGCGGGGGCUGUGGGCGCCUGCACUUUAUCCUCAAAUUUGACUGUGACCAGGAACAGUUAAUAGUUAAGAUCCACAAAGCAGAGGACCUCCCAGCCAAGGACUUCUCUGGUACCUCUGACCCUUAUGUUAAGAUCUACCUGCUACCUGAUCGCAAGACCAAGCACCAGACCAAGGUGCACCGGAAGACGCUGAACCCUGUGUUUGAUGAGGUCUUCCUGUUUCCCGUGGCGUACUCUGAGCUUCCCACACGUAAGCUGCACUUCAGUGUCUAUGACUUUGACCGGUUUUCACGUCAUGACAUUAUUGGCCAAGUGGUUGUGGACAACUUCCUGGAUCUGGCAGAUUUUCCCAGGGAGACGAAACUCUGUCGGGACAUCCAGUACGUCUCCUCGGAUAAUGUGGACCUCGGGGAUCUGAUGUUUUCGCUCUGUUACUUGCCCACUGCGGGCAGAUUGACCAUUACCAUGAUAAAGGCCCGCAAUCUCAAGGCCAUGGAUAUCACUGGCGCAUCUGAUCCAUAUGUGAAGGUUUCACUAAUGUGCGAUGGUCGCAGACUGAAGAAGAGGAAGACAUCGACGAAAAGGAACACUUUGAAUCCAGUCUAUAAUGAGGCUAUUGUCUUUGAUGUCCCUCCAGAAAAUAUAGAGCAAAUCAGCCUUAUGAUUGCAGUGAUGGACUAUGACCGUGUAGGCCAUAAUGAGGUUAUUGGUGUGUGUCGAGUUGGCAACGAUGCAGACAGCCUCGGUCGAGACCACUGGAGUGAAAUGCUCACGUGUCCCAGAAAACCUGUCGCUCACUGGCAUCCUCUUGUUGAGUACCAGGGGACCACGGGUAAUAGCCAGGGAGGAUCCUGUAAUUCUCUGAAGACGCCUCCUUCUCCGUAGCCUUGAGCAACACUUCAGAAAAGAGCAUCCAUCAACCUGAAGCCUUGGCUGUAUACCUUUGGACUGUAGUGUUGCUGAGUGCUGCACACAUAUGUUCCUAAAAGAAGAAUGCAGACAUCAAUAAACUAAUGUGGAAAAGAGAGACACAAACUGUCUUGAGCUCUACUCAGUUGGAUCAGUUGCAUGUUGAAUGACCGCACAGAUGGAUGUUUUCUUUUCUAUGAUGUUCCAUAAGAAAAACAACAGGCAUAAUGCAGACAUUUUAAGUCUGUGCUAUUCCUGGGUUUAUACAGUAGUAAUUGUUUUUUACUUAGUCUUGUUACUUGUUUCAAUGAGGUGAGUCUGUAUUUGCACAAUGUACUAACAACCAGUUGAACUGCCAUACUGUUUUUUAAUUUGGUGGUAAAUUGGUGCAUGAGGUCAUGGUUUGGUGGGAUAUCUUCUCCUAGUUUGUUUGUUUUUUGUUUCUAUUUUUGGGAAUACGAUGUGUUGUUCUGUCAGUUGAUGUACAGUGACGGUUGAUUUUCUAGGCAACGUAUCUGUAAGAAAAAUAUGUUAAAUGUUAUCAAUAAAUAUUAUUCUAUAAAAAAAACA